AAGGAAAUGGACGGGCGUAGACAGCGAUUGCGAUUCCAAUGGCUUACGAAAAGUGCCGACGAGGUGAAGACGGCCAUUCUAUCGAUGCAGGCUGAGCUUCGUGAUAAUAUCACUGUGAUACGAUCAAUGGAAAGGCGAGGUUUCUUCCUGAAUCGUCAACUGCUCGAAACUCCGAAUGAUUCUGCGUUGGUUUUCUUUUAUUCGGUUUUUUAUUUUUGA